CAAGAGCUUUAACCAGAGUGAUCACUACAGAUCUAGUACUAACUAAACAUGGUUUCUCCUACCAUCUUCUGUCUUUCUGCCUUCCUUGUGCUUUUGGUUCUUGCUACUUCUGCUUCUUCUUCAAAAGCACUAUCUCCAUAUUACUAUAACCGUGUGUGUCCCAAAGCUUUACCAACUAUCAAACGAGUUGUGGAGGCCGCAGUUUACAAAGAAAGACGCAUGGGUGCUUCUCUGUUGCGUCUACACUUCCAUGAUUGUUUUGUCAAUGGUUGUGAUGCAUCAAUUCUUUUGGAUUCAACAUCCACCAUUGACAGUGAAAAGAAUGCGCUUCCUAAUAUCAAUUCUCUUAAAGGAUUUGAAGUUAUUGACCAAGUUAAGUUGGAGGUGGACAAGAUCUGUGGACGUCCAGUGGUCUCCUGUGCAGAUAUCGUAGCUGUUGCAGCCCGGGACUCCGUCGUUGCGCUAGGAGGGCCAACAUGGGCCGUCCAACUAGGAAGGAAGGACUCAACCACAGCUAGCAGAGACAAAGCCAACAAUGACCUCCCAUCACCAUUCAUGGAUCUUCCUGCCCUAAUCAACAACUUCAAAAGGCAGGGUUUAAAUGAGAGAGACCUUGUAGCUCUCUCCGGAGGCCACACUUUAGGGUCAGCACAGUGUUUUACGUUCAGAAACAGAAUCCACAAUGAAACAAAUAUCGACCCUAAAUUUGUUAAACAGCGCAAAUCAACAUGUCCACGCAUUGGUGGUGACUCAAACCUUGCUCCUCUAGACCCAACACCUGCACGCUUUGAUGUUGCAUACUUCAACAGUUUGGUGAAGAAAAGAGGGUUGCUUCGCUCUGAUCAAGCCCUCUUCAAUGGUGGCUCCACUGAUGGAUUGGUGAAGGCUUAUAGUUCAAAUCCUAAGGCUUUUUGGGCUGAUUUUGCUAAGUCUAUGGUUAAGAUGGGGAAUAUAAACAUUUUGACUGGAAAGCAAGGCCAAGUUCGUUUGAAUUGUAGGAAGGUGAACUAAAUUGUUGUUUGGACUGCAAAAAUAAUUUUUUUAUUUAUUUUAUCUUUUGAUCAAUAUGCAGGGAAUCGUCUUCUUUAACGAUAAUGCUACAGUAUAUUGUGUGUUUUAAUUUAUUCAUUGUAAUUGUGUCAUCUCUCUUCUUUGUGAGUGAAUUUAGACUCGCAAGGAAGAUUGAAUUGUUUGCGUAGUAUAUUGAUUUCAAUUGUAUUAAAAAUGUAAGGUUAUUUUGUUGUAUUUUCCAAUGAAAUUAUUUU